AUGAGGGCAGUCGGGCUCGUCUCGCUGUACACGCUGGCAAUCCCGAUUCCGAUGGCUAUUCCGACAGGCGUGGUUAGGGAGAAGAAGACGGCCAUUAUAGCCACCGCUCUGGAAUUGAAUUUGGCCUGCGUGAUGCAUCCGCCGAGGCCGAUGCCUUCGAAUAGCUGGUGGAAGCUCAAUGCGGCUAUGAGGGGCCGUAUUGUGUUGGGACUUUGCGAGGCGCCUAAUGCUAUCCCGAUUAUCACCGAGUGGACUAUGAUGCCCAAUGACACGGUGGCGGAGGAGAUCAGGCUCGCCAGAUCCAAUCGACAUCGCUCCGUGCGCGUGGCCAUGCGUCGCGUGCGUGUGGACCGGCAACUGGCCGGCCUCCACCCCGCCGCCGUCCUUCGCCGGCGGGGCCCCCUUCGCCGCCUCCCGCCGCCCAUAGUACGACAUGGCGUAGGUGUCCACCAGCAGGGUCCCGAUCGCCGCCACCAUGGCGACGAACCCGGCGAACGGGAAUUCGCCCCACGGCCGGUCGCCGAGGCACGGCGAGGUCAGGCUCUCGAAGGCGUCCGGCAGCACGUGGAUGAACCCCGUCGACAGAAUCACGCCGGCGGCGAAUGCUUUCAACACGAAGAAGAAGCUCCUCUCCGGGUUCAGGGCCUUUACCGUCUUCCCCACCACCGGGAGGCAGACGCCGGCAGCUCCGGCCGCGAGGAUGGCGGCGAGGGCGGCGAUUUUGUAUUUGAGGGCCAGGCUUCCGCUGCUACCGCCGCCCGCUUCGUCUCCGUCGAGCUCGCAGGUGCAGUCGCCGAAGACCGCCGCCGGGAGGAGGACGGCCACUGA